AUGGUGAAUCCCACCGUAUUCUUUGACAUCGCGGUCGACGGCAAGCCUCUGGGUCGCAUCUCCUUUGAGCUGUUUGCAGACAAAGUUCCCAAGACAGCAGAAAAUUUUCGUGCACUGAGCACUGGGGAGAGAGGGUUUGGUUACAAAGGCUCCUGCUUUCACCGGAUCAUCCCAGGGUUCAUGUGUCAGGGUGGAGAUUUCACUUGCCAUAAUGGCACGGGUGGCAAGUCCAUCUAUGGGGAGAAAUUUAAUGAUGAAAAUUUCAUCCUGAAGCACACGGGACCCGGCAUCUUGUCCAUGGCAAAUGCUGGGCCCAACACCAAUGGAUCGCAGUUUUUCAUCUGCACCGCCAAGACGGAAUGGCUGGAUGGCAAGCACGUGGUCUUUGGCAAGGUGCGCGAUGGCAUGAAUAUCGUGGAGACCAUGGAGCGCUUCGGUUCAAAAAAUGGCAAAACCAGCAAGAAAGUGACAAUUUAUGACUGUGGACAGGUCUAAGAAUAUGACUUGUCCUCUGGCCACCAGGCCAC